CCCAAACUUCCCCAAUAACACUCACGCUAUCGGAUACGCAACUACAGGGAAACCUUCAGGGCACCUCUGCCUUCAACUUUACAACAUUCUACACCGAUGAACGAUACCCCCUUCAUCUGAAGCGAACAUGUCUGAUUCACGCCCCAGAUUCGUCAAAGUACCGGAGGGCUGGCUAUGUGACCCGGAAGAAGUCGAAAGAUCUAUACGGCCACCGCCACAUGACUGCCCUGACUGUCAUAUAGGGUACUACUCUGAGAGCGAACAGCAUGCGUACAGCCACUCCUACCACCACAGCAUCUCAGAUAUCUCUGCAGCUCAAGAGAGCAGGAAGCACAUCACCAACCGCCUCAGCUCCCACGCCGAUCUCCUCGUGAGCCGCUGGCGGAAGCGAAGCCAGUCAAAACGUCGCGAGCUACCGAACAAGGCCAUGCCUGAGCUCGAGGAGUCCCAGUGGAUCAACUCCAGCUACGGAUACAGCGAGGAGAAGCGACGUCACCUAUUGGUUCCUUGGCUCAAUGUGGAGGUGCUCAUGACGAGUCCGGCUGUCCUGUUCGCCCUCCUCCAUCGUCGGACUCUAUACCCGCCAGAGGAUUUCGCCCCACUAGACUGUCGUCAGAUGGAGUUGUUUUGGGCCUCUGGAAACUUUGACGUCGUCUUCUCUGCCAAGUGCGUCGUCAUGUCCGGAUCCCGGUAUGGCGAUGUUGUCGACUGGAACGCGCAACAGACGCACACUGGAUACACGCUGGGAUUUCCUCGCGCACGACUUGUACUCGAAGCUCAAGCCUUCCUCAUGGAUGGCGCAGAUACCGCAAGCGCCAGUACGAGGACAGAUAAAUGGAGAGCCCAGACCUCGACUGGUUUCCGACACCCCGCCUUCUCUCGACCUCCCAAGCUCGACUUGGACUACAUUACAUCUAUGGCCCAGACGCUCAUAGAAGAGGCGAUCGACCACCUCAUCGAUCUUCAGUGCGAUCCGGCAUAUCUUCGACGGCACAUCAAGGGUCUCUUCGGCACCACACUCUUUCACGUGGCGGAUGAAGAGGAUGCGUCAAUGAUGGUGGCUCAAUACAUCUACAUGGAGUAUCAAAGAUACUAUUCGUGGUACUGGAUCGAGGUCGAAUUCGCAGACAGCACGCAUCCCGGCCAGUCGAUCCCUCCCAAGUACAAUCUGGCGCUGGUCUUGGAGCGAACUAAGCGCUUUAAAUCAAUGAUGCCCUGGGCUCCGGGACAAGCUCGACAUUACAGCCUAUCCAAGAAACCUGGCGUGCCCCUGGAAACGGUCGUUCGCGGGACGUCGCGACACUCGAACCCGAACACGAAGGAAGCUCAUGAGAACGACCCGCUCGAUUGGUGUCUCCAUCAAAUGAUGGGCAAGCCUGACAACCAGAGGCACUUUGACCACGCCAUGCUCUUUGCAAUGAUUGACGAUCAUCUGGACCAGAAUAACAGGAAGGAAGCAGCUCGUAUUGACGAGUUUCUCAUGCGCGAACUGGCUGACAUAUCUGCCCUCCACGAGUCACUUAUUUCUUUGCGUCUCAAUCGACCUCAGAACACCUUCAGGGUCAUUGACGAUGUAUAUGCGAAGAACAAGCCCAAAGACCACUCGAAGCAAGAGUUCAAGGAGAUGGGGAAGCCCCUUGUGGACGGCUUCUGCAAAGGAAAAGCUCCCAACGGACCGAAGAACAAGGCAUGGCUGAGGCAAAGCCAGACCCUGCGAAGCUUUGUAGAGGGAUUCUUCGAGGACUUGGGGAACUUGGUUCGAGAAGAUCUCCACGGCACUGGCCUUGAAGCGGAAACCAUUGAAGAAACUCUGGGCGCUGUGCUUGUCCAGAACAAGCCUAAUUAUCUGGGAGCGAUUGCUCGAGAAGAAGCGGAGAUCAUGACCAAGAUUACCGAGGUUGAGAAGUCUGCCCCCGGCACCUUCCGAGACACAAGCACAGCGUCACAGAGUUCCAUUCGAGCUGAUCUGGCCCAGAAGAGCCAGCGAGAGAAAGUCAAGACCCGGCCCGACAACCCAUCCGCGAGCAUCCAGCCAGUCGAAAAUCCGGAAGCUCCGGACAUCGCUGCCCUUUCGAUCGAGCCUGUAACGAAAAUCCGCGUCUCCCAGCGCACUCUUGAUGUGGUUCAUCUCAUGUACCCCGAGUCUCAGACCAAGCCGAGAAACAUCACAUGGGAUGACUUCGUACACGCCUUGUGCGAUGCCGGUUUCGUGGCGAGCAACAACGGCGGAUCGGCGGUGCGGUUUGAGCUAGGAUCCAGAGGUGAGUUCGGCGAUAAGGGGGCGAUCAUCUUUCAUAAGCCGCACCCGGUGCUCAAGGUCGAUCCCGUCAUGCUUCAUGGCAUGGGAAGACGGCUUACAAAGUGGUUUGGCUGGACUCGUGAUCGAUUCACUGCCGAAUACGCAAAGUAGAAUUAAAGAGACCUGCGAGAGAAGAUUAGAUUGGUCCCAUGACAUAGUAAGGGAACGAAAUGGUGGAUGGGCCGUUUUGCUGUGAUGGUGAAGGUAAAUUGAAAAUGCAGG